UCCCGACAAACCCUACUGUAGACACCCUCCCCUCCCCCCGCCUUCAACAUCCUCCCUCCUCGACUCUUUCACAACCAUAAACCUCCAGAAUCAGCUCUCAUUCCUACUUCCUAUCAUACCAGUGCUUUCCCCUUCAACCCUUUUGGGUGUUUUCUCUGACUAGUCAUCAUUCUAUUUUGUAGCCUCCUUCCUCCAUUCCAUUCUUUGUAGCCCUCUUACGAAUAGCGAGCGAACCCUCGUCUUGCCUAUCAGAGGUAGCUCGACACGCUGGCGAUACAAAAAAAACAUUACACUCUCUCACACACACACACUCUCUCUAUCCACCCUUUCCCUCAUUUCUAUCAUCACACGACAGGAAGCCGUACACACACAAAGUUAACCGCUCUCUCCUUUCCUUUCCCCCUUUACUGAUAUCCCUCAACUUUCACUAUCACCAUGACCGAUGAACGCAAGAUCGCUGAGCGCAUGCUCAUGAACGAGCUUAAGGAACUCUCCAAGGAGAACUGGGUGAAUGCUGAGCCUCGGGAUGGAAAUUUGUUCCUUUGGGAUAUCGCCUUGAUUGUCGUAAACCCCACAUCUUUGUAUUGUGGGGCUUAUCUUAAGGCCGAACUCAAGAUUCCGAAAAAUUAUCCGAUGAGCCCUCCCGAGUUUAAGUUUGUUCGACCGCUGUUCCAUCCCAACAUCUAUCCAGAUGGCAAAUUGUGUAUAUCGAUUCUUCAUGCCCCUGGGGAAGAUGAGACAUCUGGAGAGCUCGCCUCGGAACGUUGGUCGCCUGCUCAACGUAUCUUUACCGUGCUGAUCUCAAUCUUGUCGCUGCUCGACGAUGCCGAGGUUUCUAGCGCGGCGAAUGUCGAUGCUGGUGUUAUGCUACGCAAGGAGCCUGAAAAGUAUAAGAAAGUCGUAAAGGAGCACGUCGAGACUUCUAAGCGCGAUAUCCCCCCUGGGUUCAAGAUGCCCAGCCUUGUCGAGACUAAGCCACCAGAGAAGGAGGAGGUCGAUGAUGACUUUUGGUGUGAAUUUGAUGGGGAGAGCGAUUAUGGGGAUACCAGUGAUGAUGAGGACAUGGUUUUUGAGGAUGAUGAAGAAUCUGAUCCCGACGAGGCGGAGGAGAUGAAUCAAGAAGGAGAGAAGCGUAGUAGCUGUUGAAUUGCCUGCCCAAUUAUAUUUCCUGUCUCGCUGGUUAUCUGUUGUGGGAUUCUGGUGUCCUAUUGCAAUAUACUUUCCUUGCUGACUCUUCCCCCCCUCUCUCUUUUUCUUUCUUUUUUUUUCUUUCCUUUUUUUUUUUGGCGAUUCGCUUUAUUCUUGUUCUUGGAGCGAUUAAAAUUUUAGCGUUGCAUCUUCCCCACUAAUUUUACUUUAUCUCUCCGUUCCUUUUUCUCUCGCUGUUAAAUUCUCAGGUUUCUCUUGGCUGGCUGGUUGGCGUUUCUUGGGGAGGAGAUGGAGGAGAGGGUAGCAUCAGUGGGGGGGGGAUUACAGUCGAGGAGGAUCCCGAGAAAGGUCAAUAUUCGUUUGAGGCUUCA